AAGGUAUUUUGCGAUGCCGCUCCACCGCCCCGGCGGCUCCGGAGAGCCCUCCUCGUCGCUGUGGGACGCGCGGAAGCUUCUCGAAGCGGCACUCACCGCUCCGGAGAGCCCGGUGGCGGCCGGUAGCAGCAGCGGGCCAUGCUUGCUUCGGAUAGAAGUGGAGCUGGCGGACGCGGGCGAUCCGAUGCACUGGCUCACCCACCAAGCCGCCUACCCGCGGGUCUAUUUCGCCGACGGCGACAAGGACGUCGUCGUCGCGGGCGUGGGCGCUGCUGCGAUGGUGCGCAGUGAUGGCGCGGUCGACGGCGCAGUCUGGCAGCAGCUGGGCGCGGUCCUCGGCGACACGGCGCGCGCCCGCUUCUAUGGCGGCGCGCGCUUCGACUCGCACGUGCACGCCGCGCUGCGGGGCGCCGAGUGGGCGCCCUUUGGCGGUUGCGUCUUCCUUCUCCCGCUGUGGGAGCUGCAGCUGAGCGGCGGCGGCGCCUACCUGGCGUGUCACCUCAGCUGGGGUCGGGGCAUGCCGUGCGCCUCGUUCGGACAGGCGGCCGCGGAGGCGCGCGAGGCGAUGGAGACGCUCGUGUGGUCCGCGGCGCCUGUCCCCGCGCCGCUGCAGGCGCUGCCCCUCGUGCUCGGCCGCGAGGCUGCGCUCGGAGCCGAAGAGUGGCGGCGGGCGGUGCAAACCGUGCUCGACGGCGCGCAGCGAGGGGACUGGUCCAAGGUGGUGCUCGCGCAGCGCCUCGUGUUGAGCCUGAGCCAGCCUGCCGAGGCUCUCCACCUCCUCCGCUGCCUCCUCGACGCCGGCAAGAUGCAAGCCGACGCGCUCGCGGGGACGCGGCUGCGCGGCGAGACGGACGAAAGCGACGUGCACGCUGUGCGCGACUUUCUGCUGGGCGCUCUGGCAGGGAGGAGCGCCCUCGAAGACGACUUCACGAACGUCGAGCAUUCCCGUCCCUUCGUGCUGCAGACGCGCCACGUGCAGCACAUCUGCAUCGCCUUCACCGCGCGCUUGCCGCCCGCCGCGACCAAAUCGUUGCGCGCCGCAGCGACCGCCAUGCGGCUGCUCCACCCCACGCCCGCCGUCUGCGGCGCGCCGACGCGCGUUGCGCGCGACGCGAUUCGCGCGGCGGAGCCGUACGACCGCGGCCUCUACGCUGGCCCCUUCGGCUACGUCUCUGCGCACGGGUCCGAGUUCUGCGUCGCCAUCCGCUCGGCGCUGCUGCUCGGCUCGACCGCGCACCUGUACGGCGGCGCGGGCGUGGUGCGCGGCUCGAUCGCCGCGGCCGAGUGGGACGAGGUGCACUUCAAGAUGCGGCCUUUCCUGUCGCUCUUCCCGGCGCCCUCCUCACUGGUGCGGCGCGCGCUGCUGCGCUACGCCUGGCUGCGCCUCCUCUUCGUGGAGGAGCUGCUCCAGCUUGCCGUCGCCGCGUGGCAAACCGUCUCCUGCUCGUCCAGCCGCAGCUUGCCCGGUCGCGCCGUGUCGCUGCCGCGUGCGCUCCUCUUUGCAGUCAAGGCGCGCGUCUCUCGGCCGUACUUUUGGCUUGUCACGAUCUGGCUCUACUUGCUGCCGACCGGGCAGUACUACCACCUGUGGUCGCAGGCCCGCUUCUGGGCCGGUUUGCUCUACGCCGCCCUCCCGCUCAACCUCCUCUGCUACCUGAUGAACGACCUGGCCGACGUGGACGUCGACGUCGACAACCCGCGCAAGGGCGGCGUGUUGUACGGCGUCGUCGCGCACGCCGCGGCGCUGCGCACGGCGGUGCCGACGGCGGUGCUCGCCCAGCUGCCCUUCCUCGCCGCCUUUGCCGUGUGGUGCGGCGCGCUGCAGACGCUGGGGUGGUUCGGCGCGGUCUUCGCAGUCAACUACGUCUAUAACUUUGGGCCGCGCGUCUCGUCGCGCUACGCGCCACUCGACCUAUUCUGCCCGUGCGGCUACUUGCUCGUCAUCCCGCUCUCUUGCGCGCUCAACGGCUUGCCUAGCCCGUCGGUGCCCACGUGGGUGCACACCGUCUUCUUCGUCGUCCGCUCGCAGCUCUGGAUCCAGACCUUCGACAUUGAGAGCGACCGGCGAGCGGGCCGGCGCAACACGGCGGUCCUGCUAGGUCUGCAGCGCUCCCAGCUGCUCCUGGGCGCCUUGCUGCUCCUCGAACUCGCCUUUGUCUGCACCUCCUUUGCCGAUUGGGGCCUCCAGUCCUUCUCCGCGGUGUCGCUCUGCUUGCUGAGCCUACAGGUCUACCUCGGCCCGCAGACAGCCGCCCCGUCGCCACGCGCCAUCGGCACAAUCUUCGCCGUGCUCGGACUCGGAGGGUACGGUUUGCUGACGCAUGUCUGGCUGAUGGGAUCCUUCAUGCCCGAGGAUCAGCGCUGCGCGCUCCAGCCCGCUUUCAUUCCGGACCCCUCCUGCCGCAAGUGAGUGAGUGGCGUGGCCGCACACUCUGCACUCUGUGGUCUGUGCAAUGUGUAGUUUUGUAUUUCCCCAUUGCUCUCGUUUUUUAUAUUGUU